AUGCCCGCGCUGCGGGGUGGCGCCGGCCGCGUGAGGAUUUCUGCCUCAUGCACAUUGACUUCGCUGCGGCGGGCGACGACGGGCGAGCAUCACAGUUACCGCCCUGGCCGUCUUGCCCGGCUGUUUCGCCGCUUGUACGUUACCGUCACUCCGCGUAGUCUCCAUAGAAGCUUGGCAAUAAACCUUCAGGCCGGCAUGGAGCGGGUGCAGGAGUUGGAGCGGGAACAGUUGUGGUUGCGGCGGCACGGCUCCCCGCUGCGCGUGAUGGGGCUGCCGGAGCACGCAGAGCUGACGGAGGUCCGCUCACGCUACCGGGAUCUCGUCUUUGCCACGCACCCCGACACGGCGGCGGGAGAGGCAAAGGCGGAGUACGAGAUGAUUCAGACGGCGUACAAGAUGGCGACCACGCCGACGAGCUUGUGGCAUCAAAAUGGGUCCGCCCCCGCGCUUUACCGUAGCCUCCUGAGCACCUCGAAGGGCCUCACGCGGCGGGUGGAUCGUGUCACGCUGUUCGCUCUCUUCUCCUACGCCGUGAUGGGCGCUGUGGGGGUUGUCUUCUCGAUUGUUGUGGUGCGUCAGUUUCUCGAGCUGGCGCUGCGCUUUUUUGACCCCGAGUUCUACGCCUUCAUGGUGGCGCAGGAGAAGGAGGAGGAGCGCCAGCGCCUGGAGGGGAUCCCGGUGGACACCGACCCAAAGCGCCUCGCACCGACGGUAGUGAAGCGGCUUUUAUUCCCCGGCCGGUUCGUGCACGGCAACAACAACAACGGCAGCAGCGGCGGCAGCCGUGGGGACGAAGUGGGGAAAGAGCGAGAGGCGUGA